ACCCGACCAGAAAGCCGACUAGAGCCAUUACAGAGCCGUGGUCCUUUUUUCUUGUCGGGAUUUCCGGUGAAUUUAAUGCUUCGCUAGAUAUUUAAAAGGGUCGCCUUUGCUUUUCUCCCACCAUUGGCGAGCUCGAGCUCCGGCUCUGGUUCUCCGCGAGCUAUCUCGAAACCCUAGUCCUCUGAUCUGGGCCAUGGCGGCCUCGCCCAAGCCAUGGGAGGGCACGCCACCGCCGGUGAUUGGAAAGGCUGGAAGGUACACCGUCUUCAUCACCCCGCCACCAACCCCGAGACCUUCAUCAAACUCCCCCAAACCACCAACCUCUAGCCCCAGAUCAAUCCCUAGACCGCGUCCCGUAAAUGCAGCAGCUUUCGCUGUAAAGGAUCCGACAUCGCCGCCGCCGCCUCCGGUUCAGGUACCGCCGCAGCAGUUUGAGAAGCCGGCGUCGCAGAAGGGGUCGGCGUCAUCGUUUGGGUUUUUCUGGGACGCUAUCGCCAAAGUCCAAGAUGUGCACUCAAGCUUGGAUGAGUACCUUGCGGACUGGUUUGGUCUCAAUCAAUCGAAGUACCAGUGGGCAUUGAAUGAUUACUAUGAGAGCAAGGGUUUGGAUAAAGAUGACAGUAAAAGAAAGGAACUUGCUACAAAAGACCAGGCACAGUGACAGUGUUAUCAACAUUCCUCAGCGUCGCAGAAAAAACUCUCGGUGCUUCUAAUUGAUAAGCAAAACUCAAAGAUGGUUUCAGGAUAUAAAUACAUAUAUGUACCAUUGUGUAUGAUUUUGAUCUAUCAAAGCAUUGAGGAAGAUGUCAUGCUCCAUCAAAGUCAAGGAGACUUAAUGUUGUUUCAGUAUCAUGCCAAAGUUUGGCAACUUUGUUUUCACAUUCAAUUGAAGAGGCUUUGGUGGUUGUUAAAUCACAAACACAAGUCUCAUCAUUGAAAUGUUGUUAUCUAUGAAUGAUUUUGUUUAUACCUCUUGAGCUUCCCUAGUGGAUUUUCUUUCUCAA